AUAUACGAUGAUUAUGUCGAAUUAAAUCAAUAUACAACUCCAUUUGAUGCUCUUUGGAUUGUAUUUAUUCAAGCUAUUGCUGUGACAAUUACCUAUCACACAUCUAAGUUUGCAUGUAAGGUAAUGCUACAACGAACAUGUUUUGCAUUACCGGUAAUACUUAGUGUUCCGGCAACUGUUGCUGUAUUAUUCAUAAUGUGUACAAAACGUCAUACCAAUGCUUGUCAUUCAACUAAUUUUCUUCCUAAA